AUGGCAGGAACGGCCAGCCGAGAAGCAUCCGGAUUGGGAGCAGCCACAAGGAGCUCCGCGGCAGCCUUGUCGCCAGGCUUUGGCCAAUCAGGUAAGUCCCGCAGUCGCAUGCACGGCAUUGCUAGCACCGUGUUAGCGAUCUCUGUUGGCGCCAUUGACACCAAGGCCAAGCAAGGUUCUACCCUGACAAACAUCGAAAAUGGGCCGAGUGCGGUCUCUCGGAGAAAGGCUUUCAAGCCGCAUAAUCCUAGCCCCAAGAAGCGACUUCAGGGGAGAGGCCCAAACGGCCACAUCCCGUGUUUUCCGAAGCUGUGCAUGGCGUUUUGCCAACUCUGCCGCGGAUCUUUGGGCAUAUUGGGCAUGCAAAGGGACGCGAUGGGCCGUUUUGCAGUCCGAACUGGCCGGGGAUGGACGGAGGUUGUUGCCAAGCCUGGGCCCAGUGAGGCGGAGCCGCCAAGCUUGGCAGGAGGAGAGUCCCGUGACGUAGGGCGGAGGCUGAUAUGGCGGAGUCUAAACCCGAAGGCGACUAGGGCGGCUCCGGGGCUGACUCGACUCCGCCUCCCGUGA